AUGAAGACGCAAACCUUAAAAAUUAAAGGGAAGGAUUUCAGUUUAUUUAAAGAUAAGGACAUUGCUUUUAAUGCUCCUUCCUCUCCGCUUAAUCUCAAUGCUCAAAAUGAUGGUAAGACUAGUUUUAAAUCUAAGACCGUUUGGAACGGUAAUAAUUCUACUAUCCUCCCUAACUCCUAUGCUCAUGUGAUUAGUGGGUCUAAAAAACAUGCUAAUGAAAAUUUUCGUUUUAUCCCUAACCUAAAUGAAAAUGUUAACUCCCCUAUAGAUAUUCCUGUUUCGGUUGUCAAAAAAAGCUGUGAAACGUAUGCUAAAACUUUAUGUGGCUAUUUUGUUGGUAAACGACUCCCAUUCCCGGUGGUUCGUUUUUAUGCCUCUAAAUUGUGGUCCCAAUAUGGCAUUGAGGAUGUCCUCUUAAAUGGCCAUGGGAUUUUCUUGUUUAAAUUCAGUUCUACUGAUGGUAUUCAAAAGGUUAUUGACAAUGGCCCGUGGACUUUGAAAAAUGUUCCUAUUUUCAUUCAAAACUGGAGGCCGGGGCUAAAUUUGAACUCUAAUUUGCAUGAUAAAAUUCCUCUAUGGGUUCGUAUUCAUGAUAUACCGUAUGAUGCGUGGAACGAUGAGGGUCUCAGUCAUAUUGCCAGUAAGAUAGGUAUACCUCUUGCUAUGGACUCGUGGACGGCUAAUAUGUGCAAAUAUGCGGCCGGUAAAUCGGCUUUUGCUCGGGUCCUUCUUGAGGUGCCUGUUAGGGACAGUUGGAUUGAGGAGGUUAAAGUUCGUAUCCCGGACCCGGAUACUCUUUCUAUGACAAUGUAUGCUCUUCGUGUUGAAUAUGAAUGGAAACACCCUAUGUGCACUGAGUGUCAUAUUUUUGGUCAUUCUACUUCUUGUUUGAAUGCUAUAUCAAAAUCUGAUACUAAUGUGGCUUCUACAAAUGAGCAAUCCAUUUCUGGCAAGAAAAUUAUGAUAAAUAGCGAAGGUUUUCAGACCCAUGUUCUCAAGCAAAGCUAA